UGUAGACGAGAGUGUCAUUCAUACCUGGUAGUGACCAUGCACUGUUACAUCGAGCCCUUUCUUACCCAUGUAAAUUGAUAUAUAAUCCCACAUUCCUGACCUUCGCACUUCUACUCCUCUCCACACUCUCCGUUGGCGGUUGAGUAGGUAUUGCGAGAAAUUAGAUCCGUCGACAUGAAGUCGUCAACACUGCUACCGCUGUGGGCGGUGGCGGGUGUAGCGUACAGCCCAAUCGACCAGUAUUUCCACAACGGAACAUGUCUCUUAGAAGCCCCUUCACUACUCCUAGGCAUCGACCCCAUGUGUGGCCUAGACACUUCAGCCUCAACAAACCUCGCAUCCUCGGCGGGCGGCCCCUGGAAGUACGCGGCGCCGUGCAACAGGAGCAAGAAGAACGGGCGGGAGUACUGUGUCUACUCCGACCCGACCUUCGCCGGGGGCCGGGGCGCCGCGUUCGUGACAUGGGCCGGGAGGGCGGCCUACCUAGCGCGGAAGCCGGCGUUCACGGACGGGCGCGCUACGGAGGGGAUGAACCUAGAUCCCGGGCCGAAAUACAAGGUGGUCCCGAUGGAGGGGAAGGGCAUGGGCAUUGUGGCGACGCGGCUCAUCAACCGCGGGGAGCUGAUCAUGGCCAGCACGGCGUCGCUGAUGAUCGACUACGGCGCCUUCGACGACCUGGACAGAAACGAGUACAUGCAGCUGCAGGAGGAGGCGGCCGCGUUGCUCCCCUGGCAGCACCGGGACCAGCUGCUCAACCUCUCGACGCACGACGACGCCAGCACCCUCGCCGGCCCGGAGCUGGUCGACAAGGUGAUCUCGACCAACGCGUUCGACAUCUACCCGCCCGGCGACGACGACGACCCGGACCCGGACCAGAGUGCCUUCUACACCGUCUUCCCCGAGGUGGCGCGCCUCAACCACGACUGCCGGGCCAACGCGGACUACCGGUUCGACCACGCGGCGCUGGCGCAGCUCGUCCACGCCGUGCGGCCCAUCCUACCGGGCGAGGAGAUCACCAUCUCGUACAUCGACCCGCUCAUCGGGCGGGCGCGGCGCGCCAAGCGCCUCCGGUCGACGUGGGGGUUCGAGUGCGGGUGCGCAGCGUGCAGGGCGUCGGGGGCGGCGGCGGCGGCGAGCGACGCGCGCGUCGCGCAGUUGGGCGAGCUGGCGCGCGAGCUGGACGACUACGGGCGCGGGUCGCGGGCUACGCCGCAGAUGGCGGAGCUGUACGCCUCGCUGCUCGAGAUGGAGGGCCUGUGGGGGAUGGUGUAUUGGGGCUACUGGUUCGCGGCCAUCGAGUGGAAUGGCGUCGGGGAGCCGUGGGUGGCGACGAGGUGGGCGCACAUGGCAAUCGAAUAUGGAAUCUACAGCGCUGGGCCCCGGGAUCGGAAGGUGGUCGAUAUGGUGGAGUUGGCCGAGGACCCGUGGGGCCACUGGAGCUGGAUGUCGAGGACGAGGGAGAGGCAGAGGGGGAGCCGCGAGACUGACGACGAAUAGGGAGUGGAUCUGGCAAUGGCGUUUCUGGAAUGUGGGUCAGGGAGUAACUUGGAAUUGAGCGCCGGUGUGAGCCUGUGAUGCGUGAUGAAUUGUACUGUACCUAUGUAUGUAUGUAUCUCCAUUGAAAUAGAAAAGUUGCAGAAUAGGUAUCUAUCUUCUGUAACUGAAAUGAAUCCGAAGAUCGUAGGCUCCAGGAGGCCUAUUCAACA